AUUACAAAAUAAAUAAUAACAAUAAUAUAAAAGAGGCCUUCUUCACCAACACACGAUACAUAUUCUUUGCUCACACGCUGGUCUGUGACAGUAUGUUUCUGGCUCUGACUGAUGUAUUGCAGCUGAUGAGCAACUCCAGGGUACCAAUGCCAGGUGGGCUAUGUAUAUUUCUGGUUGUGAUCUUAGAAAACCUGACCGUUGCCACACCGCUGACACUGACAGCCAUGAGGCUGGAGCGCUAUAUAGCAAUCUGCAUGCCCUUGCGCCACAGUGAACUCUCCACCCCGGUGAGGGCCAUGCGCUGCAUCCUACUCAUCCAGGUUCUCAGCUCUGUUAAAUGGAUCAUGGUGAUCUCCAUCCUCUUCUCGGCUGUACCUCUGAGCUUCUACACCUCUCCCCUAGUCUGCAGUUUCGAGCAGAUGAUUGUGUUCUCCUGGCAGGGCCACCUCAGCUCGGCUCUGUGUCAGUUCUACUUCCUGGUCAUGUCGGUAGUCAUAGCUUUCAGCUAUGUGAAGAUCAUGGUGGCUGCCAGAGCUGCCUCAUCAGACAGUAAGAAGUCCACCAAUUAGGGCCUGAGGACAGUUAUUCUCCAUGGCUUCCAGUUGCUCCUUUGUUUGAUCCAGUUCUGGUGUCCUAUGAUAGAAUCGGCUAUAAUGAAGAUACAUUUGAAUCUGUUUAUUCAGCUUAGGUAUAUUGACUAUAUUCUUUUUAUUAUUGCCCUUCGAUGUUUGAGUCCA